UGGUAACGUGGCCACAUGCAGGGCAGUAACGGCAUGGCUGAUCAGCCGGUUAUGAUAGGGCAUAUUCUCUCUGUAUCCCUGGAUGUUUACUUCUCCUUAUUCCUGCUUUUAGGAGUGCAGUUUGCAAAUGAUGUGUCCUCCAAAUGACACCAUAGUGUUAAAUAAUCUAGAAUUAAGCGCAAGACUAUACCUGAGCUUUCAUAUCUUGUUUACAAUGUAAUGAGUUCACCUAUUUGCAUAAAUGCAGAGAAUUGAGCAUUUGUGAUUCCAGAAUAUUAAGCUGCCAUUUAUUGAAGAGUACAAUCAGCUGUAAAUAAUGUACCACAACUAAGACAAUAGUGUCUGUUAUUAAGACACCCCUUCCAUGAGGGCAUACGUUCAGAGAGGAAGUUUAUUUUUUAAAGGCUUUUUGUUUUUGAUAUGAUGCUAACAUAUACCAACACAACAACAAAAUAGGUUAAGAUGCCCCAUUUAAUUAAAAAAAAGUAGCCUAUAUAAUUAUACACACUGCAUGUUGUUAAAGUCAGUCUUAUGUUGCGUUCUCAUCUACAAUCUGUUAGGCUUAUGUAAUAAAGGAAAUAAAUAACAGAAGCACAUUACCUGCAACAUUUCUCAAUUACACGAAAGUCAAUGUUGCUCCUCAAGUCUUGAAAUAGCUAAACUUGUAUUUGUAACAUGACCGAACCAAGCAAAGACAAAUUGGAAGAAAUGGAAUUUUAAAUAAGUGUGCCUUUUUAAACAUGGCCAUGAAUUUCAAUACAUGUUGUUAGUGAACAUGUUGACAAUUAGGAAACAACAUGCAGGCGGGGUAGCCAGCUUCAGUAGUCUAUGAGCCCCAAAGCCCGAAGCAUCCGAACAGAGAAAAGCAUCGAUCCUUGAACUUCUUGAGAAAUUCAGAAUUGAACUUGCAUGCAAAACAGACAGAUGUGAAAGAGGUCGGAAAUGCAGACAUAAUUUUGAAUUCAACGACGUGUUUUCUCUCUUUUCUCUUCUCCACUCCGUUUAAUUUGCCCUUAAACCGAAACAAAACGACUAUCGCGCUGAGAGGGAAAGCACCGCCAGUCUAUUAAAAGCAGAUCAGCGCUAUCGCAGCUGCUGCGCUACCUGCAGUAGUUGCUAUAGUGCGCUGGGAUGCACAUGACAACACUUAUAUUGGCGCUUCUUCGAAAACACAUUUGCGUCAGAGUCGAUUACUUGUAACGCUUAUCUCAAAUACACUGGUGACACAAAAGGAAACAGACUGAUGAUUUGAUCGCUGUCCAUUUGAUUUCGCGGGGAUGGGGGAAAAGCGCACCACUGGCCACUUUGGAUUGGACUGAUCCCACCGGCCAAACUUCACGCGCACACACCUGCCACUUCUUCAGGUCUCACCCAGUUGAUGCCGAGGAUCAUGAACGGUGACCACCGGUCGGUUGCCACCGCGCCGCUGGAUCUGCGCACCACAAACCGAGAGCGUGGGAGCGCCGGGUCGAGGUCUCCGGACUGUAAAGGUCGCGCCAAGGACGCUCGAGGGACACACAGCUCACCUGCGCGCACAGCCAGAGACAGAUCGGAAACACACGCACCGGGCCCAGAACACGGCGCUGCUCGCAAACGGCCGGCGGACAAGUCUUCCUUCAGGCUGCCUUUUAGGAAACGCCCGAUUCCUGUCGAGCCGGAGUGCCGAACGCAGUCGCCGGUUUUACCGGAGAGCAGAGAUCGCUUCUUCUCUCCGUCGGUAGAUGCGGACUUCACAUUGCGAGAGAGUUUUGCCGGUCGUUUGGAAACACACGCGGGUGAAAGCAGGGUCGCCGCGGCACCAGCGACUCUCCGGCGGGCUGGAGAGGCAGGGCAGAGUCCAGAUGGAUAUCCCGCUCGCUUCCUGCACCCGUUUGAUUACGGUCCAUAUCCGGUGUACUGUUUGCCUCCGGUCCCCGAGUUGACCCAUCCUCUGACCCACCAGGCCGAAAGCCUGCGGACAGGUGUUGCUCUGGCGACACGUCAAGAUGAAGACGGAGACACAGCUCUCCACAUAGCAGUGGUACAGGAGGAGUUGGUCCUCGUCCGCAAACUGAUCCAGCUCCUGCUGUGGGCUCACAGAGGCCUUGAUAUCUACAACAACCUCCGUCAGACUCCCCUUCAUCUGGCAGUGAUCACCCAGCAGGCUAACAUGGUGGAGGCUUUAUUGAGAGACGGGGCCGACCCUGCAGCCUUGGACCGUAACGGCCAAACAGCGCUCCAUCUCUGCUGCGAAUAUGACCAGCGUGACUGUCUGUCGUUUGUGCUUUCUCACUCCCAAUCCUCCACAUGCUUGGAGAUCAGAAACUAUGAGGGUUUGAGUCCUCUCCAUCUGACGGUGCUGCGUGGCCAGAAAGACUUGUCCAGAAUGCUACUGGAUGCAGGCGCUGACAUCAAUGCUAUGGACAUCAAGAGUGGCCAGAGUCCUCUCAUGCAUGCAGUGGAGAGUAAUAACGCAGACAUGAUGAACUUCCUCGUUGAGAGAGGCUGUGAUGUCGACAGCCAGUCAUACAGUGGGAACACAGCCCUGCACAGUGCCUGUGGCCGAGGUCAGGUGGACACGGUGUGGCUGCUGCUGAAGAGUGGAGCUGACAGCAGUCUCAAGAACUACCACAAUGACACCCCUGUGAUGGUGGCUAAGAACAAGAAAAUAGCAGAUGUGUUACGAGGGAGAGGCUCCAACCAGAUUUGUGUGUCUGUCUCACCAAAUGGGAGCAGCUUUAUGGAAAAUGGGUCCCCAUCUUCCAACCACAGUCGCGGUUGUUCACCUUUGACCACGCCACACACCCCUCAUCAAAGUGCCUCCCAUUCUCCAAAGACUCCAUCUACGCUUGUUUUUCCAUUUUACUAGCUCAAAGGUAUUCUUGAGUGGAAGUUAUCUACCUCCACACAGCCAACCAAAAAAGAGACAUCAAUGCCCACAAGGACUUCCAGAAGAAGGUUCAGCUCAUGGGAUGACAGACCACCAAAAGACUGCACCUGAAAUUAAACUUCCCUUCAAAGCUGGCCUUCUUUUCCUGGAUUCCAUGCAAAAAGAUGCAUCCCCCUUGGGUUUAGGUGCCUGGAACGAGAGCUGCCUGCUACUUCCCUCCUCAUCAAGCUGCUGUUGUGACUGAGACCAAACUAGCGACUGACAAGCUACUGCUGGAUUUCGCCAUAUGCAUCUAUGAAGCAAUAUAAAUGUGGCACUACUGUACAUGGAAUCAAGGCUGAACAUAAAGGGCUGUUUUUUAAAUGUGUUGGCUUUUACUUAUUUUGUUAUUUUGUUAUUGAGGACUGUAUGGCAAGAAAUGAAUGGCAAACACAUAUACAUUUGGACACCUUAAGUCUUUUAAAAUGUCUGUCUGCUUCCAGUGAGGCUGGGCAAUGUCACUUGACCUCCUUAAUAUUACACAGUUAAUAUACUUUCUGACAAUAUCGUCACAGUACCUUUUAAUAUGUGUUUGUGUCUGUGCACACGUGUGUGUUGUUUUAUCACUGUCGAAAUGUGUUGAUAUUUCUUCGUUUUACAUAAAAUAUGUACAGCAGAUUCA